CGCUAAGUUAGCCUGCUAUCUGGAAAGAGACGGAGGUGAACGGGAUCUGUUUCUCUGGAGGAAAAGUUGGUGCUGUGAGUUUGUAAAAAUGUCUAAAGUCCAAACGCUGAGAGCUUUUGUCAACCAGCGACUCACUUUGGCCGCUGAAGAGAUUUUUGAGCUGUUUGAAAGAACGAUAGCAGACUACGAGGAGGAAGUUUGUCGACAACGCAAACUACUGGACGCUGUUCUCCAGCCUGAAGUCCGCUUACACAGAGCCGACGUGGAGCUGCGGUCGGUGAGUGAAGGAGAGGAUCCCCCUGAGCGGCAGGACUGGAGCCCCAGUCUGGUCCAGGAGGAUCCACCAGAGCUGCCACACAUUAAAGAGGAACAGGAGGAACUGUGGACCGGUCAGGAGGGAGAGCAGCUUCGAGGGCCGGAGGAGGCUGAUGUCAUGGAGGCCACGUUCACUCCUGUCUCUGUGAAGAGUGAAGAAGACGAUGAAGAGAAACCUCAGUCCUCUCAGCUUCAUCAAAGACAGACUGAAGAGAUGAAAACAGAAGCUGAUGGAGAGGACUGUGGAGGACCAGAACCAGCCAGGAGCUCAGAUCCAGAUACCCAACCAGAUACUGACCACAAGAGUUCAACCUCCUCUGACUGUGAGACUGAUGACAGCUGUGACUGGGAGGACAGCAGAGAACCUCGGUCAGGUUUAAACCCUCUGCAGGACAAUGAAGGACAUCAGCAGAAACACAAUGGACUCCAAACAGGAGAGAAACCAUUUAGCUGCUCAGAUUGUGGUAAAAGAUACCUCAGGAAGAAAUCCUUCAUGACUCACAUGAGGCUUCAUUCAAAAGGAAAACAUUUCAGCUGCUCAGUUUGUAAGAAAACUUUUCAGCGCAGAGUCGAUGCUGUGAGGCACAUGAAGAUCCACACAGGAGAGAAACCUUUCAGCUGCUCAGUUUGUAGUAAAAGAUUCCACAGGAAGGACAAGUUAAUGGAGCACAUGAGACUUCAUUCAGGAGAAAAACUUUUUAGCUGCUCAGUUUGUCAGAAAACCUUUCAGUGGAGAGGAGAUGUUGUGAGGCACAUGAGAGUCCACACUGGAGAGAAACCUUUCUGCUGCUCAGUUUGUGGUAAAGAAUUUGCACUCCAUGGAAAUCUGAGACAGCACCUGACGGUCCACACAGGAGAGAAGCCUCUCUGAGAUGAUCUCUCAUGCCCGUCAUGUCAAGUUGCUCUGCUGAUUUUUUGUUUUUUACAGUUUGGGAAGCUGAUUUAUCUAAUUUUGUUUUUCUUUGAUCUUUUCUGUUUUAUCCAAACAGUCAAUAAUCAGCAGAUGAAUUCAGAAUGAAAUUAAUCUUUAGCUCUAAAAUUGUUCAAAAUGAGCUCAGCCAAGCUGCAGCACAGCAACAGUUUGGUGCCACCUGGUGGUGGAAGGUUAAACUGAACUCUGUGGUCGAUGUGUGAACUGCUCAUCACAGAGGGAAUACAUUGUGAAUAUUACAAAAGAAAAGAAUAAACAUGCAAACUAUUUCACAUUUAAAUGUUCCGUACAAGUUCACAGUACCUGAGUUAUGCUGACCGACUGAACGAUCCAACAGCACAGAAAACAACUGCUGCUUAAACUGAAGUCAAAUGUUCCUUUAUACUAAGUGUCCAUAUUUAUAAUAAUAAACAUAUUUUGCUGAAA